GCGGGAUUGAUGGUGGUGGUGUUGGUAGAGAUGGAAAGGAUGGGGGGGGGGGGGCGGGGCUGGGGGGAAGACGAGAAGCUCGGUUUUGGAGAGGUUGAGCUUCAGGAAAUGGAGCGACAUCCAGUCAGAGAUGUCGUUUAGGAGGUGAGUGAUGCGGGCGGAGAAUGUGGGGGUGAGGUGAGGGCGCACGACUGGAGGUUAGGUGGAGGAGUUGGGAGGUAGCUGGGGUGUUGUCGUUGAUGGGGAUGUUGAAGUCCCCGAGGAUGAUGGUCGGUAGCUCAGAGGAGAGGAAGAAGGGAAGUCAGGCGGCGAAGUCAUCCAGGAAGCGGGCUAUAGAUCCGGGGGGGGGGGAGUGUAGAUCACUGCGAUCCUUAGGGGGGUGGGUGAGAAGAGCCGGAUGCAGUGAGCCUCGAAGGAGGAGGUUAGGGAGGACCUGGAAGGUGCUCAGCGGUGAUAGG